AUGUCUUUUUUCUUGACACAAGUGUUUAAUACUCAAACAAUAGUAUUCGUGACUUUUGCUGUUAUUUACACGUUUCUGUGGUUUCGAUAUAAGUUUACGUACUGGUCCAAAAGGGGUGUUGUGGGACCUCAGCCAGAAUUUAUUUUUGGUAAUAUUAAAAAAGUGAUCAAAAGGAAAGAGCAGUUUUUCCAGCCUUAUUAUGACAAUUACUUCAAGUAUAAACAUUUACCAUACAUUGGUAUGUAUUCUUUUCAUCAACCGGUGCUGUCUAUACAUGACCCAGAUAUCGCAAAGCUUAUGUUGAUCAAAGACUUUGACAGCUUCCAAUCGCGAGGGACUUAUGACGGUGGUGUUGGAGACCCGCUAGCGGCUAAUCUGUUCAACAUCAGCGGGAAGCGAUGGAAAAGCUUGCGAUUAAAGAUGACUCCGACCUUCACUCCUGGAAAACUAAAGACCAUGUACCCGAUUGUAGAGGAUAUAGCGAACCAAGCUUUGAGUUACGUCGAUGUUUUACAGUCGAAUAAGGAGACAGUCAACUUCUCGGAUUUUUAUUCGAAAUAUGCGAUGGAGAUAAUCGGAAAUGUCGGUUUUGGGGUUGAAUGUAAUGGUUUCGUAAACCCUAAAUCGGAGUUUUAUGUGAGAGGACAUGAAUACUUCGAUCAUCAAUCACAUUAUUGGAGACUCAUCAGAGCAUUUGCGUUUUUCGCACCAGACACUUUUGAUAGCUUAAAGAUAAGACGAAUAAGUUCCAAAAUAGAGAACUUUUUCUGUGGCAUUGUUAAGAGGACUGUCGAAUAUCGUCAGAAGCAUCGUGUCACGCGAAACGACUUUCUGCAGACGCUUAUCGAACUAAAGAACGGACAUGUGGUCGAUGAACAAGGUAAAGUGAAAUAUACAAUAGCAGACUUCCCAUUCUCAAUGACUGAUGUAGCAGCAAACACAAUGCUAUACAUGAUCGCUGGUUACGAGACAUCGGCUACUACCGGCCAGUUCGCUGCUUACCAAUUGGCUUUGAACCCUCACAUCCAGGCCAGAGCGAGGCGAGAGGUGCUCACCGUACUCGAGAAGUAUGGCGGCGAGUGCACCUACGAAGCUCAGAACGAGAUGGUCUAUUUAAAUAUGGUGUUGGAUGAAACCAUGCGGAUGCAUCCAUCAAUGCGCGCAUUGUUCAGAAGAUGCAACAAGGAUUACAAACUGCCCAACAGUGACUUGGUCAUAGAAAAAGGCACAAUGGUGUUUAUACCCAUUCACGCCAUACAGAUGGACCCUGAUAUAUUUCCCGAACCAGAUAAAUUCGAUCCUGAACGAUUUUCGCCGGAGAAUAAGGCAAAGUUACACCCGUGUCACUGGAUGCCGUUUGGGGAAGGACCAAAGAAAUGCUUAGGUGUAAGACAAGGUUAUAUUCAAUCGAAGAUGGCGUUGAUAAAGGUGUUGCACAAGUACGAGCUAAUAUUGGAUGAUAGAACCGAGGUACCGAUGAAGAUUAAGAACUCUUCGCUCGUGUAUGCAGCACACGGCGGAGUGUGGCUCAAGCUGAGACGAUUGGACACGUAGAACACGUAUAUUUGAAUAGACGCAACCCGGACGUCGAUGGAAAAAGAUCGUAAAGAAGAGGAAACCAGUGGUCAAAAUAGGUUUUUUACUUCGCAGUGUUCAGUGUAACUUUAUGCGAAUGGACUAUUUAUGUAUUAAAGGCACACCCAGCAGGUUUAAAGUUUUACGAGUGGCCCUGUAGCCUUAAGUGGUUAUUUACUUUGUGCACCAACUAGGUCGUCGAAGUGUUUACAUAGACUUUAUUCACAGAAUUUGAAUAGAUGAGGCAACCUAGGAAGCACGUGUUGUUAAUACGAUGGAUUAAUAAUGUCAUGUUAAAAUACAAAUAACUAUAAUGUUUGUAUCUGACCGUCAAGGAGGUUUAUGUUUUAACAAUAAGUACAAUAACUGAUUACUUAUAGAGAAAUGGCGCUAUGGCGUUACUUUUGUAAGAUGUUUCUAUUAAAUGACUUUAAUUUUU